CAUCGUCGAUCGAAUCUGUUACUUCAAAGCUGCCUGAUUGGUGACCCUUUAAUAAAAGUGUUCGAUACGAAUUACAACUCAACAUCAACCAGAUUUAUUUGCACUUUUAUUUAUCAACAUUCAAAUAAUCCCAAAACUAUGUUGAUGCGCAUGCGAGUAGUGUUUGAUUUCAUUACCUGCAUAAUAUAUCUUCAAUUGUCUGCACAUUUUUUGCCACCUUCAACGGCUCAACCCAAGCAGAGUACGCUUUUUUCUGAGUUUUACGCCGACUAUAAAAACUACCACAACAAUGAUGAGCUGAAAUAUGCUUAUCACUACUACAUCGACCAUCCUGAGUCAAUAGUGCAUUUGCAUCAUCAGGAGGAGCGUCAAGGCACGAGAGUGAUCGGCGAGUAUGGAUUACUGGAGCCCGGUGGUUAUGUGCGCAACGUCUAUUAUAUGGUGGACAGCAGUGGGGGUUUUCGUGCCAUUGUACGCACACGAACAGCAGCAAGCAGCACACAGCAAAUGUUGCAAUUGCAUCAGCAACAGCCAAACAAACCAGUACAACAUGCAGAGCCAGUAGCAUUUAUCAAUUGAAUAGAUAAUAGCAAAAAGCGUAAAAUGA